AUGUCCGCUUCUCACGUUGUGAGUUGCCUGCUCACCGUCGCCUGCCCGCCCGGUAUUGUGCCUUUGAGCUCGGUCUCGUCGGCUUUCAACCUCUCCGAGGUGGAAUCAACGAGGGGCAAGGAACUCUUGCGCCUCAAGUGGCUUUUGGCAUCCAGAUGCCAGGUGGAGGAGUCGCCGCUGCCCUGUGGCCCAGGCUGCAGCGACAAGCUGGAGGAGGUCUGCGCGACCUCUCAGCUGAAAGUGGCCUCUUGGCGGAAGGAGCGGAGCCAAGCAAUCUCCACCCUGGCGCAGAAGGGGCUCCAGGAGAUCUUGCGAGAAGAGGAUGUCCUGUACGACCUCCAGGCGGAUCUCGUCGCAGUGGAGGAGCUCACGGAGGUGGUGCUGCAAUCCAUGAAGGCUGCCAGCGACCGUGCCGAGGUGAUAGCCGGCACUACCGAGAUCUUGCAGAGUGCGCACGAAGAGUACCGGAAGGAGCUCCGAGAUGAGGAGAGGAAGCUGACGCAGAAGACGGAGGUCCGGAAGGGCCGUGCGGCGCGACUCCAGCAGAACGACAUCGGCGAUUUCCUGUCACGGUACAGGAGAAGCUUGGGUCUGGACAUCACCCGGGUCACCACGCAGACGGUUCAACUUACCUUCACGCUGAUCGACAAGGCAGGCUUGUUGGCUUGGAAGGCGGAUCCAAGCCGCGAGUUCUCCCUUUCCCUGGGCCUGGGUAAGGUGCCCGAGCUGCCCGAGUUGCUGGAGAGGCUCAAUGAGGCGUCGCCCAACGCUGCCGCGAUUCCAUUGUUCAUCUGUGGGCUCCGCCGUGCCUUUGCCUCGGAGAUGGGCUGCCAGUUGACCUCCACCAUUCAGGCGCCCCGCGCCCCUGCGCACGAGAACUGGCAGCCCGAGGAGAUCUCGGAGAGCAAGCCGCCCGAGACAGGGGCCAGACAAGUGGCGAAGGAGAUUGCCGAGCUCUGUGCUGAGCAUGGCCUUCUCUCGGAUGGCGCCGUGGCGAGCCUUGGUCUGUCCAAAGGUGGCAGGCCCAGCCUACCCAGCUUGCCCUGGUGGCCUUGGCUGGCACUGAAUUUGUCCCUGGGCCUGGCGCUGGGCCUUGUGAGGAGGAGGGCCGCAGGCUCUUCGACCGUGGCGUCCGCGGGCGCGGCCGUUUGCCUCGCCGUGGGCGUGGGCGGCUUCUCCCUCCCCUGCUUCGGGAGGUUCCUUCUACUGCGCGAGGCUCGUCGCACCUGUGGCGCGCUCCAGCAGCUCUUUGGGCAGGCGGAGGCAGCGGUGCAGAUGCUUCGGGCCUUAGAGUUCGAGGCAGAGGCUGAAGGCGUUGGCGAAAGGUUCUUGAACAAAUUCGGGGUUCUCCUUUUCUCAGAGGAGCUUGAAGUUGCCGGAGUUGGAAUGGCUCGGGUUGACACCUGGGUCGCUGCUGCCGAAUUUGGCUCAGGCAAGUACGUGGACCGGGUAAUUCGAAACACAGAACAGAGUGAGGCGCCGGCCAAGGCGGCCGCGGCCAAGCCGGCGGCGGCCAAGCCGGCGGCCAAGUCCGCUGCCAAGGCGGCGCCGACGUCGCCUGCUGGUGCAGGGGCCGUCGCCGCGAAGGCCUUGCGCAAGGAGGACGAGCAGAAAGCCGAGGAGGCAAAGAAGGAGGCGCCGGAAGAGGAGGCAGAGAAGGCGUCGGAGAAGGCGUCGGAGGAGGCAAAGAAGAAGGAAGAGGAGGCGGCCAAACUGGAGGAGGUCUGGGUGGAUGUGGCCAUCUGGACGUUAUUCUGGGAGAGCGCCAGCCAAUGGCGACGUGGUGCUGUGUUUUGGCUGCAAAGGAAGUACAGCAUGUACGACGAGAAGUUCCCGAUCAAGGAUGGGCAAAUCACGGCCGCGGAGAUCGACGAGCGGGGCCCUGAGGUUGCGAGACGGACGUACUGCCUCUCGGACGUGAUGCCGGGCUGCAAGAUCCACUUGAGCCACAAGAAUGCCGAGGAGAAGUACAAGGUGGAGAGCGCCGGCGAGGCCUGGGGCGCUUGA